UUCCGGUGCGACUCUAUGGCGCAGAGGAAGGGCACGAAGCCAAAGAGGGCAAUGGCGGAAGUGUUCGUUCCUCGUGCUUCCGGUUUGGCGCAUUAGGAACAAAUUCCUGGAAGUGCAAUGGAUCCUCUGAGGGCUCAGCAGUUGGCAGCAGAGCUGGAAGUAGAAAUGAUGGCUGAUAUGUACAACAGAAUGACAAAUGCCUGCCACCGAAAAUGUGUCCCUCCCCAUUACAAAGAGGCUGAGCUUUCCAAGGGGGAAUCUGUAUGCUUGGAUCGUUGUGUCUCCAAGUACUUGGACAUCCAUGAGCGAAUGGGCAAGAAACUGACAGAGCUCUCGAUGCAGGAUGAGGAGCUGAUGAAGAGGAUGCAGCAAGGGGCUGGGCCAGCCUAAAGCACCACCUUUUGAUAAUUAUGGACAGUCUCUCUCUCUCCCCCCCCCCCCCCCCCCCCCCCCCCCCCCGCUUCCAGUACACACUCAGUGCCUGCCUGCCCUUGGUGUGGAUCCUUCCCUUUUGCCAAUAAAACAUAGAUGUUAUAUCA